GGAGGACAAAAAGCCCCGGAAAGCCCAGGAGAAGGUCUACGUGACCAGGCUGCAGCCCGGGAAGCGCAAAGCCCCGGCCCAGGAGCCGGUCUUCCCUGGCAUCUUUCUUUACCCGAAACCUCUGAAGAAAGUCCAUCUUCGCUCCAGGACCCCUCAGAAGCAUCCUGCCACCUCCAGCAGGACAGCGGCCACCACCGAUUACAACUCCUCUGAGGCGACCCGCUCGGAGGGGACGCGGGUGACAUCCUUUCUGAAGAUGUCAGAAACGACGACAUCCCAACAGGAGGAGGGAAAGGGCCAGGAGGAAGAGGAGGAGGAGGAAGAAGAGGUGUCGGACUACAGCUACGAGACCGGGGAGCUGCAGCAGAGCUGGCUGGAGGACUCCAUCAACUGGCAGAGGACGUUCAGCGUCAGCUCGGUGGACUUCGAGCUCCUGCGCUCCGACUGGAAUGACCUGCGCUGCAAUGUGUCGGGCAACCUGCAGCUGAGCGAGAGCGAGGUCGUCGACGUGGUGGCACAGUACAUGGAGAAGCUCAAUGAGAAGAAUGGAGGCAUCUACACCCUCCUGAGGAUCGUCAACGUGGAGAAGCGUCGGGACACGGCCCGGGGGAACCGCUACCUGCUGGAGCUGGAGCUGGCAGAGCGGGGCCAGCAGACGGUGCGGCUCUCCGAGUACGUAUACGUCCUCUUGCUCCAGGGCAAGCAGGACGACAGCGCCGAGGCCAACCCCGAAGGGCCGGCCCUGGGGGCCACCGAGCCCCAGCCGAGCACCUGGAGCAUCCUCUACGGAAGACCUGUCCUGUGCCGGCCCCUGCGGCUCAGCUGGAAGCAGGAUGUCAUGGUGCACUUCGUGGUACCUGUGAAGAACCAAGCCCGCUGGGUCCAGCAGUUCAUCUCGGACAUGGCCCGCCUGUACGGGGCUACGAAGGAUGCCAACUUCAACGUCAUCCUGGUGGACUUUGACAGCGACGACAUGGAUGUCGAGAAAGCCCUACAGGAUGCCCGACUGCCCCGCUACCAGUACCUGCGGCGUACGGGGAACUUCGAGCGCUCGGCCGGGCUGCAGGCUGGCGUGGACAACGGUCGAGGUGAGCCGGACGGUCACAGCAUCGUGUUCCUCUGCGACCUGCACAUCCAUUUCCCCCCCAAUAUCCUGGACAGCAUCCGGAAGCACUGCGUGGAAGGGAAGCUGGCCUACGCGCCCAUCGUCAUGAGGCUGACCUGCGGCAGCCCCCCGCGGGAGCCCAACGGCUACUGGGAGGUGAACGGCUUCGGCCUCUUCGGCAUCUACAAGUCGGACUUCGACCGC